AUGGCAAGUUUUGGUGAGCCCGGAGUUCGGUUGUCGAUUAAUUUGAGAGAGCGGUGAGUUGGCCUGAUUUUGGACCUGGAUUCAACAGGGCCCUGGGUGAUCUAAAAAAAAUUUCAGAGCUUUUUUUAGAACCUUACUGAAGUUCUAGGACAAUUUCAAAAAGAAUUUUCUAAUAAAAAUUCAAACUCAAAAAUUUUUCUUCGUAAUUUUCCCUGAACUUUCCUAGUUCUCCACACUUAAGUAGAAUCCACGUUUCAUUUUUCAAAUUCCAGAUGUCGAAUGCAUGAUCUAAACGAGGCUCUCGACGAUCUUCGCGCCGUGAUUCCAUACGCACACGGUGGAAGUGUUCGAAAAUUAUCGAAAAUCGCCACACUUUUACUGGCUAAAAAUCAUAUUAUCAUGCAGGUUUGUGGCAAAUUUUGAAUCGGACCCGAGGAAUCGGAGCAGGUCCUGUUAAUCGGACCCGAUUUUGAGGGUUUUCUGAAUCGGACCAGGGUGACAUUUUUUCAAUAGGACCACAAAAAAGGACCGAUUUUUUGAGAAAAAUUCUAAAUCGGACCACUUUUUCAAAAAAGUCAAUUUUUUGGUGCAAAAAUCAGGAAAUUUUGAAAAAGUGGUCCGAUUUUUCGGGUCCGAUUCAGAAUUUUUCUCAAAAAAUCGGACCUGGUCCGAUUCCUUUUUCGUGGUCCGAUUCCUAUUGAAAAAUGUCACCCUGGUCCGAUUCAGAAAACCCUCAAAAUCGGGUCCGAUUCAAAAACUGCCCAGGUUUGUGUCUUGUAAUUACGUAAUUAUUCUACAUAUUUUUUAUUGGAAAAAAUCGGAAGGAUCAAAAAAGGUGUUGGUCGUUUGGAACCAUAACAUAACAAUGGAAGAAAUGUGUUAAUCCGGAAAUGGGGAGAUUUGUAGCGUACUGUGGGGGGGGGGUGUAUUUUUUUAGAUCUUAGAUCUAGACUUCGGGAUUUUUUGAACCUAUUUUUUGAAAAAAAAAGUUCAAACUGGAUUUUUGGCCCAAUUCUAAUCCAGACUUUUUCCAGGCCAAAGCAAUCGAAGAACUUGGAACACUAGUCAGUCAACUUCGAAAACAACUUCAAGAAGAGCCGAAAGAAUCAACCGAUAAAGAUAUCAAGGAGGAAUAA